UUGAAAGGGGAACCUGGACUUAAUGGUCUUGACGGACAAAAAGGAGCAGCCGGAUAUCCUGGUCCUACGGGACAAAAAGGAGAAGCAGGAAUUGAUGCUCUUUAUGUACUUGCGGGUCAAAAAGGAGAAAGGGGACUUCAUGGUCCUCCAGGACCUCAGGGUGAAAAAGAUGAAGCAGGGCUUCCUGGUGUCGAAGGACCUCGGGGUCAAAAAGGAGAACAAGGAGUCUAAAAAGUGUAUUUAAAAAAAAAUAAAAAAAAGAGUAGGACCGUUUGAAAACUUGACUUCUUAGCUACAAUUUUGCCAUGUAUUAUUAAAUUCGAUACAUUAAAUAUAUAUUAAAGAGUUUCGCAAACGCUUCCUGCUUGGCAAACUUUUAAAAAUGUAUAAAAAUUCUCGACAAUGUACUUCU